CGGGUGGGGGUCGCCGCGCCCGGAGCGGAGGCUGAAGCGGCCGAGCCUCGUGCCCGCCGUGCCUCGUGCGGGGGCGGUUUCCCUGGAGCCGCGGCCCCCGUCCGUGUGGUCGCUCGUUAUUCCUGUGGUCCCCGAGUCCGUCCCGCUUUGAUGCGUCUGUGCUCCUGGUCUGCACGGCUCUGCUGGUCUGCGGUUGACGCGCAGUAGCGGGACGUGGGGCUGGUGCGCUUCGACACAGCUGCGCACCCUGAAGCUGUCUCCGCCACCGCGGCUCUGUCAUCCCCAGAAGUUUGCUGGCCCUGUUUAGUAAUCCGUCUCAGGUUUCCGUUUUGUUUUGCUGUGUGCCCCCUGAAGGGUUUUGUGGCAUAUUUUUUAGUUUUUGAAGUGAAACAUUGAUCUUGAAAGUGCUUAUAAAAAUAUCAAUAUUCAGAGAGUCAAGAGACAGCUUAAGGCUUACAAAACCAGGUAAGGAAAGCGGGAAAUGCUGUUUUGAAUAUCGUUCUAGCCUUUAGGCCAGACGUUCUACAAAUGGUAGAGACUUCGAGGUAACUGCUUCUGCCGAGCUCGGUUUCCCUAAAGCGUGUUCGCCCAGAUGCCCGCAUUCCUCAGGGACACUCCCAUGGCUUCAGGGGAAAGUCUGGACCUAUUUAGCAAUGUGGUAAAAUAAAACUCGGACUUGAAUCCAGGACCAGAAGUUCAACCCAAACUAUUCUAAUUGAGAUGAAAAGCCUCACCUUUGUGUAUUUCUCUUUUUUAGAAAGAUCAACUGAAAUUGGCAAACUUCUGAGUUCUUACUUGGAAAAGAAGCGGGAGGUGGAGGACCACACAGUGCACCUGCUUUUCUCUGCGAACCGCUGGGAACAAGUGCCAUUGAUUAAGGAGAAGUUGCGCCAGGGCAUUACCCUCGUCGUGGACAGAUACGCAUUUUCUGGUGUUGCCUUCACCAGCGCCAAGGGGAACUUCUCCCUGCACUGGUGUAAGCAGCCAGACGUGGGCCUCCCCAAACCAGACCUGGUCGUGUUCCUUAAGCUGAGGUUGGCGGAGGCUGUGGAGCGGGGUGGGUUUGGCCAAGAGCGCUAUGAGGACGGGGCCUUUCAGGAGCGGGCGCUGCGAUGCUUCCACCAGCUUAUGGAGGACAGGACCCUGAACUGGAAGAUGGUCGACGCUUCCAAAAGCAUCGAAGAUGUCCACAAGGAGAUCCGCACACUGUCUGAGGACACCAUGAAGGCCGCUGCGAAGAGGCCCCUGGAGGAGCUAUGGAUGUAGACAUGGAGGGACUGUCCCCUCCCUGGGUCCUGCGAGGUGGGAGUGUGUGGGUUUGACCUGCAGACCGAGUGUUCACAUUGCACAACAUGGGGGGCUGUGCACAAGCCAACGACAGAGCUGGCUGCAGGUGGCCCUUGAGAGCUGCGGCCGCAGGGACCUCAAGGUAUAUCCCUCAGCCUUCAUCUGCCCUCUUUCACCCUGAGGAUGUAGAUAAGGUAUUAAACUUCGUACUGAAGCUAAAUGAUAACCAUAUCCAAGCAGUUUCAAGAUCACUGAUACGACAGUCAGUUUGAAAUUUGAGUUUCUUACAAGCACAAGUAAAAAUUUGAAAAUGCA